GCGGCAGCGGCAGCGGCAGCGGCGGCGCCUGAGGAAGCAGAGGCGGCGGCGGGCCCGGACGAGCGCCCGGAGGUGGCGGACGAGGCGCCGGGGGCCCCCAUGGGCGGGUGUGUGGGCGCCCAGCACGACUCCUCGGGCAGCCUCAACGAGAACUCGGAGGGCACCGGAGUUGCUUUAGGUCGUAACCAGCCUCUGAAAAAAGAGAAACCCAAAUGGAAAAGUGAUUAUCCCAUGACAGAUGGACAACUGCGCAGCAAGAGAGACGAAUUUUGGGAUACUGCACCAGCUUUUGAAGGCCGUAAAGAGAUUUGGGACGCCUUGAAGGCUGCAGCACAUGCUUUUGAAAGCAAUGAUCAUGAACUGGCCCAAGCAAUCAUUGAUGGUGCGAACAUAACAUUACCGCACGGUGCACUUACAGAGUGCUAUGAUGAACUGGGGAAUAGAUACCAGCUUCCAGUCUAUUGCUUGGCACCACCAAUCAACAUGAUAGAGGAAAAGAGCGACAUAGAGACUCUGGAUAUUCCUGACCCACCACCCAAUUCUGGAUAUGAAUCUCAGCUCCGUUUGCGCCUUUCCACUGGCAAAGACCUCAAACUUGUGGUCCGCAGCACAGACACAGUGUACCACAUGAAGAGGCGGCUACAUGCAGCGGAAGGAGUGGAGCCGGCUAGUCAGCGGUGGUUCUUUUCUGGCAGACCUCUCACCGACAAAAUGAAGUUGGAAGAGCUAAAGAUCCCAAAGGACUAUGUUGUACAGGUUAUAAUGAGCCAACCUCUGCAAAGCCCGACACCAGUUGAGAACUGAACUGGUCCUGUUGGCUGUCCCCAGCUCCCUCCCGCUCCUUUUUAUUGUUGUUAUUGUUUCCUACUCUACGCGUGAAAUUUAUUUUCACUGCUCUGAAUUCCGUAUGAAUGGAUUUAGUUCUGAGGAAUUACCAGUGAAAAAUUCCAUCUGUGAUGGAGACCAACAAAAAUAAUUAAUAAAACACAAAGAGCCAGCCUUUGAGACUCAUGUAAUUACAGUUUCUAAUUCGAGAGGCAGUUAAGAAAUAGAUAACCAUUUAUUUUAAAAUACCCAGCAACCGUGUAAUGGCUAUACGUAAAUGAUCCGGACUGUAAAUAGAGCAGUGCAUCCAUGAAGAACAGCACCAAGCACCUUGUGAAUACAGAAUUCUUAAAACACAUCAAAUACGAUUCCCAGAAAUCAGAACAGUUAUAAAACUUGAGCUUUUUAAAAUGGAAACUGAAAAGAGCAGUAUUUGAGGUUCGCUUCUUUUCUGAUCUGAAUACUUUGCUCACUCAAUAUUUAGCCAUAAAGGAGUAGAGAAUGGUAAAUUGUGUUUCAGUAUUGCUUUCCCUGUCCCCAUAUGUUCAGCUCCUUAUUUACAUUCACACUAAAUUUCGGUGCCUUCCAGCACGUUGGUGGCAGGCACUUUUCUGGAACACUAGGCAAUAAUUUAGUCAAUGCAUUCAGAGCUCAGAUUUUCAACUGAAACUUAGGUGAAAAGGCUCUUGUCCUCUUGCUGCAUAGGUACUUUGAAAUGUCUAUAUAACGAAGCUGUUUUCAUAUCCAGGCUUUAGAAAGUCGUUACUAUAUAAUACCUUUAUUGAUCUACCUACUCUGCUUAGGACUUUUCAGAGCUAACUGUGCCCCCAAAUGCAUGGAAACUAGGCCAGGGAAUGUAAGGGGUCAAGUAUAGCUGUUCCCACUGUUGGAUAAUGAAUUAUCUCCCCUAGUUUGCAAGGAGGGUGUAAGGAAAACCCAAUCUAGCUGUGCCUGGGAGAAUUGUGCCUAUGUUCGACCUCUUAGAAAGAAUUUCAGCUUAUAAUUUACUAGUGCGAAAGAUUUACUGACGUCACUUAAACAUUGGCAGUGAGACCAAAUGAUGAUCUAUUGCUUUUCCUACUCUAGCGCUCCCCACAGCUUGCUGUUACCCCUAGUUGUGGAGGAUGAGUGUUUUCCCCUCACCUUACCUAGCAGAGAGGCAACUUAAGAAGCAUCUGCAGAUUAGAGGACUGACACAUUCAGGGAGAUAACCUGAUUCUUCUCUACUGUGACUGGAAUAAAGAUGCCAAGGAUUAUAUUUAAUUUGGAACCCUUUUAAAGUUGGUUCCUUAAGUGAAGAGGGGGCUACUGCGUGAUCUCUGGACCCCUGAGAGUCUACGAGAUGGAAAAGUAGGGGGAAGAAGGCACUUAGGUUGUUCUCAAAUGGGAAGUAAACCUCCACACCUGUUUUGUAUGUGAAGCACCAUCAUUAAUUUUAAUGGCAAAAUGAAACUGCUAUUUAGUUUAAAUGUAAUGUUUAAAAUGGUAUUACAUUUCCUAUAGCCUGAUUAGACAUAAUAUCUAUAAUUGUAACAUUAUGUUUCUGAGAGCUUUAACUACUUCUCUUUUUUAUGCCAUCAUCUUAAUGAUUAUGGUUACAUUUAAUUUAGGUUUGCUGAUAACUGAAUCUUAAAUUCAAGAGGAGACAGCAGCAUUAAUUCCAAAGGAGUAUUUCUAUAUAUGGAGGUAGAGGUAUGUGAGGGUAUUUGAGUGCAAUGCACCUGUCGCCAGAAAGUUUCUUUGUUGCGUGCCAUGUUGAAUAGCAACAUCUUUCAGAGUUUGUCAACUGGAGGGGAAAAGAGUGUUCAAAUCUAUUUUUCUCAAGUACAUUUGGUGAUAUCAUAAUCAUCUAUGGUUGGUAAGAGGGUUUUUUUGUUUGUUGAGAAUUUGAGCUCUCUUAAGAGUUUAUUUUAUUUUAAAGGAACAUAUACUUUGAAUAACAAUUUUCUGGGCAUGUUUAACUAACCUAGAUGAGAAAACCAUGGUGCUGUUUAAUUGUAAAUAGAUUGUUAUAAGAUUGGACCAAUACUUGAUGUGUACAAUUUUAGUAUGUAGGGUUUUUGUGCUUUUUUAAAAAAAAAAAAAAAGUUCAAUUUU